GGCAGCACUCGGCAUGUUUUUGUUUAUGCUACUGAGUUUCUUGCGCGUACAAGGGGCUCUGCCCGACUCUCACUCACUGAUCUACUACUACACCCUGAACCAUGGGACCUCUGAUCUUCCAGAGUUUAUUAUCGUGGGUGUCCUGGAUGGUUGUGAGAUAGUGUAUUAUGACAAAAAUAUGGAAAUAUUAGCCCUAAGACAGGAACGGCUGGCGUCUUUUUUCCACAUGACUCAAAGGGAAAGAGAUACAAAAUUGCAAAAUGAAUUACAUGGAAUCGUCAAAGAGGAGGUUAAUGGAUGGCUGCUGCAGCUGAACGAAACCGAAAAUUAUCACUACAUUCAAGCACAGUUUGGUUGUGAGGUGAAUGAUCCCAGUCCCAAUAGAAGGAUACUGAAGGUAGCUUUUGAUGGAAGAUACGCAUUUAGUUUUGAUGCAGACAAACUUGAGUGGACUGUACAUGACCCUGUAGCUCAGUCCUCCAAAGCGAAAUGGGAUCAAGACGUAACAACGAAUAAUUAUUUCAAGACUCUUCUAGCAACUCAAUGUGUGGUUUUGAGAAUAUUAUAUUCAAUUGUAAAGUCAUACCUAACUAGAAAAGUCCCCCCUGAAGUUUAUGUUACCGCCCGUGCUGGUGAGCAUUGGUUUCUCCACUGCAACGUGUUUGGAUUUUACCCAACGGCCAUCAACGUGAGCUGGUUCCGGAAUGGGCACCGUGUCUCCGAGACAAAAUCUACUGGGAUAUUACCCAAUGAAGAUGGAACAUAUCAACUGAGGUCUGUGCUUGAAUUUGAUCCGUUUGAUGGGAAAAAGUAUUCCUGUCAUAUUGAUCACAGCAGCCUGCCGGAUGGGAAGACAGUCAUCUGGGAAGGAAACCGGAAGAAUGACAAGCACGUAGUACUGAUUGCUGUGCUUGUACCGAUAACGCUGGUCAUUACCUUGGCAGUAAUUAUUUGGUGGAGAAAGUACAGAUAAUCAUACUAUAAGAAGAACGGGAUCGGGAGAUUCGAACAAGCCACUGAAUAAGAGAUGUUAUGGAUGUGAGAUGAAAUACAGGGACUGAAACCGAUGGAAUGAGUUAAAUACAUGGCAAAUUUCUUUAAUUGAUUCUGUUCUGCACUUUUACCAAAAAGACACCGAUCAUGGCUGAUCUCUCUCAGGCCUAAACUCAUCUUCUGUGCCAAUCCCACACCGUCCUCAGUAUCUUCCUUUUUCAAAAAAAAAAAUCCCAUUCCGCUUUUAAGUACCUCCAGUAAUUUCGUCUCCUUUGGCGUAGAGACGUCGAGAUUCACUAUCAUCUGCGUGAAGAAAUUCAAAUGCAUCUCAGUCUUAAAUGACUGUUCCCUUAUCUUGUAAAGGCGUCCCCACGUUGGAGACAUCCCACGAGUGCAAACAUUUCAACAUCUACAGUCAUGCCCCCCCCCCAGUCUAAAUGAGAUCAAUCCCACAUUCUUCUCAAAUCCAAAGAUUACAGAGUCAAUUUCUAUUGUCAAUCAUGGUGGCUCAAUCCAUUAUUCUAGGAAUCUCUCCGGUACCAGCAUAUGCUUGCUUAAGUGGAUCAAAACUAUACACGGAACUUCAGAUGUGCUUUUACUAAUAUCUUGUACAGUUGUUACAAUACCAACUUUUGUUUGAACUUCCAAGUCCUUAGCAACACAGGCUAAUAUGCUUUUUUUAAAUUAGAACUAUGUGUUGCAACUACACGCUAAGCUUUUUGUGAUUCAAGUACAUGGACACUUGGAUCCCUUACAGUCCACUCAUUUACAGUCCCUCUCCAUUUAGAUAAUAGUUUGCCUUUGGAUUCCUCUUUCCAAAGUCCGCGACCUCAUUUUUGUUCGACAUUAAACUCCAUUUUCAAAUGUAUGCCCAUCCGAUGUACCUAUACUUUAUUGUGGCCCAUAUCUCCCAUAUCAAUAUACCGAUUAAAAUUUGUUGUUUUUCCCCCCUCAUUUAUAGAUAAAUUGAGACGUUGCGAUUUUGCUAACAACAAUGGUGGACAAAAACAAGAUUCUGGAAGAGCUCAAUAGGUCAGGCAUCGUCUCUGGAGGCAAAGGAUGUUAGCUGUCGUUGUUGGUCGGAUCCCUGCAUCAGGACGAAGGAAAGAUUGCCACUACGAGGGUGGGCAAGGUUCUGGACGGUGAUAGGGGAGGGGAUGUACGGAAGACAGAUAAAACUGGGAAAGGAAGGGAAAGGCUAAUAUUCGGAGAAGAAUUAUCUCCAAUAUUAUUACACCUAUCACCUCCCAGCCUCUGUCCCACCUUCUCCCUGUGCUGCGAUAUACUGGCAAACUUUCCUCUUCCCUUUUAAUUGCCAUUCAGGAUCUCGACCUGAAACGUCCACUUGCACGUUUUGUCUCCAAAGAUGCUGCUCGCUCCGCUGAGUUAUUCCGGUGUCCUUUUUUUUGCUUCAGAUUUCAGCAACUGCAAUCUCUCUCGUUUUUAUAACAAACAAAUCGCAGUUAAUCAGUGACUCUGCCAAAUAACGUUAUUAUAGAUUACUUGUAUUCGAUGAUGGAGAAAGGUCGUGAGUUUUUGUACUUUAUGCAUUAAUAAUGGAAAUAAAUCAUCAUCCACAAGAAUAUUAAAUUAUCGAUGUGACGAUCAGUACAGCGAUCAACUUCAUUUCCUUGGGCAUUUCUGGUCACAGUUGCUGCUCCAGAGAUACUCCUGAUCAUUUCUACCUGUAGAAUGUGCCUUACGAUUGGAGAUUUGAGCAUUAGAAUUUUGAAAAUAAAGAAGGAAGG